AUGACAAGUAUCAAUGAACUCACAGUGGAACAGAUACAAGAAUUACUCGAACUUAGCCAACGACUCAAAGAACGAGAAGAACGGGCCGACAGAGAUACUCGCCCUUCACUCCCAGAAGAAAUUUACGACGAAUUGGAGCAAACUCCCAAUUCUGAACUCAAGAACAAGCUCAAACGCUUUGCUAUAGACACAAUCAAAUAUGAAGGUGGAAAGUGGACAAAAUCAGGGGCGAUCAACAACAUGUUUGGCCCCGAACUUAUAAAAUUCAACGUGGAUGCGACACAGACUGUGGCGGCCAUCCACAAAGGCGCAGAUAGACUACGAACAGCGUCAAGGGCAGCAGCUGAAAUGUACAGCGAUGUCCAAUGGAUUAUCAAUGAAGGAGGAAUUGAACAAGACAUGCAACACAUCCUGGAAAAAGUUAAACGUCUUACAAUCUAUGGCUUUGCUACCAGCAAAGAAUUGGAUGGAGACGCAAAAGAACUUACAACAAAAGCACUUCGACUCCCAACCUCUGUCCGAUACCUUGAAGACACAGAGGAAGAUGACAAGGAAUUGGUCUUCUCUCCCGAAAUUGUGGAAAAGAUCCAGCAAGCUCGAUAUGAAGACUCUCUCCUCAAGAGUGCAACAAAUAAGUCUUUUGGAGGAUAUGGAUUUAAGCCAAGAGGCCAACAUAGAGGUGGUUACAAAAACGAAGGACACCGAGGAGGUUCUUUUUUUGGAUGA